UUCCUAUAAAUAUCUAUCUUAUACCACACGCAUCUGGCAAAGAAAUGCCGACCUUUUAAUUCCUCCCCCGAUCCCUCGUCCCAAACCCUAGCCCCUCGAUCCUCCGCUCCGCUCCGCUCCGCUCCGCUCAAUCUGAUCGCUCACCCUGCUCCUCUCCUGCUCCCCAUGUCGCCUUCCUCGCCGGCCGUCGCGAAGAUCUGCUUCAACUCCCAAUGCAAGGAGCCGCUGCAAGACCCGCCGCUCGCCAGGAGGAAAGGCUGGCGCCUGCGCUCCGGCGAGAUCGCCGAGCUCUGCGACCGAUGCUCCUGCACUUUCGAGCAGGGUAAUUUCUGUGAAACGUAUCACUCCGACGAUGGGGGUUGGAGGAACUGCGAAGCGUGCGGCAAGCGAGUGCACUGUGGAUGCAUCGUCUCAAUCACUGCUUAUGUGCUUCUUGAUGCUGAUGGCGUUCACUGUGCUGCAUGUGCAACGAAGCCUUCUGCCCCUGUGAGUAGGGAAAAGGAAGAUCUUCCGACGAAAGAUGCCUUUCCUGGGCAAAAACGUUCAAAGACCUCUGCUGCAACCGCGAAUUCGCCUCAUCCAUCGCCGAUCAUCUUGACUCUACCCUCUGCCCAGGACGAGGUUGUCUCGACGGCCACUUCUUCCCCUGCUGACCCGAUAUUAUUGGAGGGUCGUCUAGCAGAUGCUUGGGCGGAUGCAAGGAACCAACUCAGCGAGCUCUCUUUAGUGCGCAAAUACUCUUAUCAACAAAUCAAACAUUGGGCGAUGAGUAUGAGUGUGGCUCAACACUUAUCUACCUUGCCAAAGUCAGCUGUCUCCAGUGCUUCUGAACAGAUGAAGGCGGUGGAUAGUCAAUUUCAAGAAACUCAAAGACUGGCCAAAGGCGAACUUGAGAAAGCAUCCAAGUUGAAGACCGCCCUAGAUAUUUCUAAAGCGAAACUCCAGUUUGAAAUGACUAUCCGGGCGAACAUGGAAAUGGAGCUAGACGAGCAAAUUGCAAAGAGUUCACAUUUGUCCGCUCAGCUGCAGCUAGACUCCCUACGCUCGGACCUAGCAACUAUCCUAAUUGAAUUAAUAGCUGUUCAGGCGGAGUUGGCCGUAUAUCGAGCGGAGGAGGAUGAAUGCUUUGAGACGUGGAAGGAAGACCUUUUCAAAACACGGGAAUUUAACGUACUCCUUGCCCGCUGCAUCACCAUAGUCAUUCUCCUGGGAGCGAAGGGUACAGUGGAACUAUUGAAAGAAGGUGGAUUUUUAAAUGCUGAUCCUCCUGCCAAUUGUUUGGAUCUCAAGAGGAUACUUAGUAGUUAUCCAUCUGACCUGUUUCACGACUUCCUAUAAUCUGUCUUAGUUUCUUAGUGACCUACUGUAAGUUAAACUCUAGGUUCUUGUUAAAAUUGUCAAAAGGGUUUUGACUUUAAAAUUUGAUUGCUUACUAACUUGUAUUUUUC